AUGGGCGAGGCAGGGAGGUAUCGCCGCGGGACGGGCGUGCACGGGGAGAAGGGUCAGCCGGCGGGCGGCUGCGAGCCGGCACGGAGGCGGGAGCAGGCGGCGCGCUCGGGCCGCGCGGCGCGAUGGGGCCGGAGGCAGGUGCGUGCGCGGCUGGCGCCGCUCCCGCCGGCCGCCCCUGGGCGGCUCCGGCUCGGCGGGGCUCGGCUGGGCGCCGGCGGAGCGCGGCGCUCGCUCGGCUCGCGAUCGUGUUUGCGCAUGACCCCUCCCCGCCUGCGCCCUCCCCUCCCCUCCCCGGCGGCAGCGGCGGCGGCGGCGGGGAAGGUUGGCCUCAGACACAGGCGGCUGCUCGGCGGCGGCGACGCAGUGCAGAGGUGCGGGCAGGUUGCGCUGGCCCCGCGCCCCGUCUCUCCCGCGCCCCGCCUGCCUCCGGAGCUCGCUCCCAGCCGGCGGCCUCCCCGCGCCGGUGUCGGGCCGGCCCCCCGGCCAUGA